AUGGCAUGUCAUCUUCCAGAAACAUCCAAGACAUUAAUAAAUAGUAGUAUUCAAAUCAAAGAUGAAACGAUAUCACUUUUACCGGAACCAGUGAAAAAAUCGACUAAUCUCGAAACAUUUUCACUUAUCUGGCUUGAUGCCAAUGUUCACAUUACAAAAGAUAAUAUUGAUUCACAAGUAAAAUUAAGAGAAGCAAUUAAUUUUUUACAAAUAUUCGACGAAGCGGAUAAAUGUGAAGAAAAUAUAAAGAGUAUCGUACAUGAAAAAGUUGUCUUUAUUGUAUCAGGAAAACUUGGACGGGAAGUUGUACCACGUUUGCACGAUUUACCGCAGUUAAACUGCAUUUAUAUCUAUUGCUUAGAUAAAGCUGGUAAUAAGCAAUGGUCGGAUAAAUAUUCAAAGGUUAAAGGAGUAUUUACCGAUUUAGAUGAACUUAUUAAACGUAUCACAAAAGAUCAGGAAAUACGAGAAAAAGUAGAAGAUUUAGUUGCAAUAUCAAUUUUUAAUCGAAUGGACAAAGAAAGCACACAUAAAAAUCUCAAAUCUGAAAAUAGUUCAUUUAUGUGGUUCCAGUUACUUAUUGAAAUAUUAAUUUGUAUGGAACACAGUUUAACAGCAAAACAAGAAUUGAUUAACAUUUGUAGACAACAAUAUAAAAAUAAUACAAAAGAACUAACUAUUAUUGAUGAAUUUGACAGUGAUUAUGAUUGCUCGAAUGCUAUUUGGUGGUAUACAAGAGAAAGCUGUAUAUAUCGUCUUUUAAACAAGGCUUUACGUAUUCAAGAUAUAGACAUUUUAUUUGCUUUUCGUUUUUAUAUUACGGACAUAUUUAACAAACUUGAUGAAGAGCAUAAAAAAUUUAAAAAUUCGUUAAUCGAGCAAUUCAUUCGUGUGUAUCGUGGACAAGUCAUUUCUACGGAUGAAUUUAAUAGAAUGCGUAAAAGUAUUGGUGAAUUUAUUUCAAUAAAUUCUUUCUUUUCAACCAGUCAAAAUCGACAACUCGCUCUUGAAUUUAUUAAUACUAUAACACCUACAAAUGAUUUAAAACAAAUUUUAUUUGAGAUUACAGUUGAUAUUCGUUUAUCAACAAAGCCAUUUGCCGAUGUAACAAAAUUAAGUUUUUUUAAAGAGGAAGAGGAAAUUAUUUUCAUGCUUGGUUCAGUAUUUAGAAUUACUAAUGUUAUUUAUAGCAAAGAAGAGCAGGUGUGGGUUGCUAAAUUAGUCUUAUGCAAUGAAAAUGAUCACGAUUUGAAAGAUUUAUUUGCUUAUCAUAAAAAGAAGAUUGGUAAAGAAUCUACAACUGUUGUUUCAUUAGGAGAUUAUUUGUUUAAAAUGGGAGAAUUUGAUAAAGCAAAACAAUACUACAAUCGUAUUCUUGUUGAAUUAUCAACGAUUGAUCUGUCUACUGCAAACUGUUAUUUUGGAUUAGGUAAUGUUGCAAUUGAACAAGAUGAAUAUUCUUCAGCGCUCGAUUACCACCGCAAAGCUCUUGAUAUCAAACAAAAAUUGUUGCCUGGCAAUGAUCCUAAAGUAGCAUCGAGUUAUAACCAAAUUGGUGCUGCUUAUCGACGGUUAGGUAUAUAUGAUCAGGCUCUUCAAUACACUUACACCGGUUUAAAAAUAAGACUAGAAUGUCUUGAUAAUAACGAUGCCGAUCUUGCACAAAGUUACCGUGAUAUCGGACUUGUAUAUUAUCGUCUAGAAAUGAACAGUCAAGCAUUAAUACACUUAAAAAAAGCACAUGACAUCUACGUUGAGGUUCUUCCAGAAAAUCAUCCUGAUAUAGCUGAAAAUCUAGGCUAUAUUGGCUAUGUUUAUAAUGCUACUGAAGAAUACGAUCUAGCUCUCCAGUACUACAAAAAUGCACUCGAUAUUGAUACAAAGUCUCUACCAGAAAACCAUCCAGAUAUCGGAGUCAUUUCUCAAGCUAUUGGCGGUGUUCUUUUGCAGCAAAAAAAUGAUUAUAGUACUGCACUUCAUUAUUUUAACCAAGCACUGACAAUCUUUCGUAAGUCUUUGCCACCAUCUCAUGAAUUCAUUGAAGAUGUUCAGGCUAUGGUGAAACUUACAACAUCAAUAUUAUCGACAAAGUCAGAUGAAAAAGAUUGA